CAUGUCUUUCUACUGUUCCAAACUGGAAGCUAGCUUGACUGCAGUAAGAUGAGGAGAGAAGCUACAUUAGCCAACAGUCCUGAGCGUUCUCCUUCCUCUCAGUCGGUGGUUCUAAUCUGGACCCUAGUGGACACCAUCGACUGAGGCUGCUGGACCACAGCGGAGGCUCGGCUACCUGGGGGAUCGACAUGACUGCGGUCGCUGGCAAUAAUCCCUCCACUCCGCUCAACUAAGUUGCUGCCAUGGCGACUUCGUGGAGAGAUGCUUACUAUGAAAUGGACCAUCUACCUCCACUGCUGGAAGAUGAGACUCGAUAUGGAGGCACUUAAACUACAACAUGGCUGACCAGGUGGAGACGCAGUCGAAGUGGAGGCACUAUAAGACCGCCCACAGAACGGCGCAUCCUGAUGAGACGGUCAAAAGCAUUUUGAUGGAGAACGUGUCUCUCGCAGACAUUCUGUCUUUGCGGGACAGCUGCCUGUUGGAGGAGGAUGUGUGGGCAGUAUGUGCAGAGUGUGUUCUGGCGCUGCAGAGCAUUCGACCCUCCCACCUUUUUCACACGCUGUGCAUCACACCAGACACACUGGCCUUCAAUGCCCAUGGGAAUGUUUGUUUUAUGGAGCAGCUGAGCGAUGAUCCAGAAGGGUCAUUUAUACCGCCAGAGUUUGACAACACAGGCAGUACAUUUGAGGGACAUGUUUUUUCUCUAGGUUGUACUCUUUCUGCUGCAGUGAACUUUGUGAUUGAACCUGAACUGGAAUCAGAGUUGGAGGAAGAAACACACAACUUGUUGGAGAAAAUGCAACAAAAGAAGCCAGAGGACAGACCACUUAUUCAGGACAUUCUCUCUGUGGCUCAAGCACGGCUGCACCACUGCUCAUCUGCAGCUGUGUGCCACAAAUUGUCUUCCGUUGGACGGCGUGUGCUCUCUAUCGAAUCAGUAUCAAAUUGUCAGGAUGGCCAAGAUAGCUCCUGGGAGGCAAGAUGGCAGCAUACCAAACCCAGAAGACUGUGUUUAGAUUAUAUUAGCAAGGAUCUUUCUAUGGACACUUCUAUCAAGGCAAAUGGUUUGUCCAGACAACAGGUAUGUGUGGGCUGGGACUCCUCUCUUUGUGAUGAGGAUGCUGACAGUGCAGACGGAUGCUGCGCUGGUUUGACAGAGCUGGAUUGCCGCUCUCACAACAGCUCCCCAGUGAGAAGAAAAGCUCAGCAGAAGUUCCACAUGGUUAGGGGGGUCUUAAAUCGCUCCUGCUCUGUGCCCGACUCCAACAACCCACCUUGUGCCACUACUCAACGUCAUGCAAAUAUCAGUGUACCUGUUUCAGACCUCACUGAAAUUGGAGCAGAUGAACAUUUGUGUUCCAAGUCUAUAUGGAAUAAAAGACCCCCAAAAAUAACCAGAGGAAGGUCCUGUGAGACUUAUCCACAUAAUAGUGCAGAGGAUUGUGUGAGCUCAGUACCUGACUAUCAUAUGAGAUCACGAAGAAAAAAUGAAGAUGCUGUGAAGUCUUCGUGCUGUGGAGAAACCUAUUUGCCGUACUGUCAUGAGAACAAAUUUAAAGAAAGAAAUCAGAGUUCAGCCUUCUCCUGGAUGGAUGUUAAGCAUGAAGAUGCAACCCCAAAGAACCACAAACCCUAUGUGCCUAACUACAUGACCAAAAGCAUGCUGUUCCUCAAUGAAGAAUCACAGGAUGAGUGGGUCUCACUAAAGAAAUUACUUACUCGUGGCCUGAAGCUGAUGGUGAAUGAGCUGUGGGCUCUCUGUUACACAUGUCUGACAUCACUGCAGACCUACAUUGACUUUCCAGCUUAUUUAUCCCUGGAUACUAUGCAAAUCAGCUGUCAUGGAGAAGUGCUUUUCUUGAGACCUAAAAACUCUGGCUCUCUGGAUGAUUUCUAUCUGGCUCCUGAAUAUCAAGAACAUAGAAUUGUCACUGAAAAGGCUUGUGUUUAUGGCGUGGCUGCUAUCCUGUGGACCACGGCAAAGUCCUGUUUACCACCCAGUCAGAAGCUUGUAGUUCCUCGCAAACUGAAGAGACUUCUGCUUGAGAUGGCAAAGAGCACUCCCAUCGAGAGACCUUCCAUAGCCAUGGCUAAAAAGAGCUGCUGUGACUACUUAAUGUGUCAAGGGACAAAUGCUGAUGAUGUGUGGAAACAGCUCGUCAACAGAGUUCACCCGUCCCAAGAUGCACUUACGGAGAAGAAUUGGGUGCAGAUAACACGAGGCAAACUUUGUUUAAAGAGGCUCCGCAUUUCAGCAGUGGUAGGACAGUUAACUUUCAAAUGCUUUUCAUUCAACGAUGGGCUUCCAGAAACCUUUCCAUCCAAAGCCACACACUUCACCCCCAUCUUACUGACCAAUGAAAUCAUCUGCGUAUUGGAGUUCGAUGACUUGCACUGGUGUGACUUUUGUGACUGCUUGGAGCCUCCGGAUAUUAAACAGGUUCCCGUCAAGUCGGAAGUCAACGGUAACGCCACUGCCCUUCUUGAUCCUCUCAUGAAGCAGCAGUGUCACACACAGGAGGAAGAUAUUAAUCAAGACUGGAGCACGAACACAUCCCUGGCGUACACCGCCGAACUUCAGGAGGAUAUUCCUGAGAAGCUCCCUGUUGACGGUGUCAAAAGCCUUCAACAGAUCAAUGAAAGCAACAAAGAGGUCCUGGUGCUGCUCCCUACACUUCUCCUGAAGCUGCCGUGUUAUGGUGAUAAUAUUGGCAUCUCUCCACUGCUGAGGGACAGUUUCAUGCUUCCACACUUUGCUGAUGACAAGGAAAAGGGCACGAAUGGAAAGCCCAUCUCGCCGCGCUCUUUUCUGAACACAGACAUGGACGGUUUGGACGCAAGGAUCACAGAGGGAAGAGACCACUCAGCUGGGGCCAGCGAUGAAAGUUUCUCUGAAGCUGAGUGUCAGUCCCAGGUACACAAAAGGUUGCAUGAUGUCUAUGAUGAGCAGAUGGGUCCAGACUGCUCAGAAGAGAUAGAGCACAGCGAUUCUCUAAUAUCAGAGGAACUCCUCUCAACUGGACCCAAAGCAGAUGGACCAUACUUGUACUUCAGGCCCACUUGGGCCCUGGCUUUCUUUGGAGAGGACUGUUUUAAACCAGAAGUGAUCCAGUAUGCUUUGAGUCUCGGCCAGUACACAGGAUCACCAUGUCUGGCUGUGAAAUCACAGGAGCUGCAACAGCAGCUGACAAUCGAAACAAAGACUCUCAAGAAAACAAGGAAUUUCUAUCAAAAACUAUGUCAGCAAGAGAAAAAAAAUAAAGGUUCAGAGAACAAAGUGAUGCUGUCCAAACUCAAGUCUGAGCUUGAUGAACUGAGAGCUAAAGUGAUCUUCUUGGAUGAUGUCAAGAAAUACCUCGAGACUCAGAUUGUGGCUCAGUGGGGUUUAGACGUGUCAUUACUGCCCUCUUUGGCUACUUGUGGGCCAAACACUUUGACUCUCCAAAGCUCUGAGGACGCAUCCGUCUUGAACUUUGCAACUUGCAAAGGAAAAAGACAUCUGCAAGCUGGAACGCCUCUCGGCCUCAUGACAUACCUUUAUGCAAGAAAUGCUGCUUCGGAGGGGUACAUCCAGCAGUUCCUGUAUACAUAUCGCUUUUUUUGCACUCCGGAGCAGUUACUGCAGUUUAUUAUGGAGAAAUUCAUCAGUGCUGUAAGAGGAGGUCCAGACAUGUCAGAAAAUAGUACUAACAUCUUUCACCGCAGUUUGGAUCUGCUACACUUAUGGAUUAUAGACAGUAAACUAAUCGACUUCACACCAAAGUCUACCAUUGUGGAUGUUUUAGAAAACUUUCUUCAUACUGAGGUAAUUCCUGUAGAUUGUCAAGGGGAGGUCCUUCUUGCUGCUCUUCACAGUCCUCCAAGUCCACUUUGGAGCACAAGGAGAGGGAGUCACUUUGGAUAUGAGGCACAUGGUCAAUCUCUUUGUAUCCAGUCAUUUACAGAGGAUCUCGAAAAAAUGUGGAGAACAGUUGUGCAGCCUUCAACAGCCACGACAAAAGAGAAGGCCUUCUCCAUCGCUUCAGCCAUGCCAGUGCCUCGCUGCCUAGUGGAAGAUCCUUGUAGAAUUUGCCUCUGCCGUGAUGAGCAUCUUCCGUUCAACCAGAAACAGUACACUGCACAGCAUGUAGCCCAGCAACUCACCCUUAUGCAGCAGGCUAUUUUUCAAAGGUGCCAUCCAGUUCAGUUCCUCAAUUCUAGAAUACGUGGCAUGAGGGACGAGCCAUCAAGGCAUAACAACACCUCAAGUAAUGGGUCCCUGCCAAGAUCACUAGCAAAGAGAACACAUGAGGGCAUGCCGCCAGAAUCCUCCCUCCAGCAGCUGCUCGUUCAUGCUGACAGAGUUACAAAGUGGAUAGCUGGUGAAAUAGUUAGCUGUGAAUCGGUCAAGGCACAAGUUGCCAUGCUUAUAAAGUAUCUGUUGAUUGGGAAACAUUGCUACGAAUCCAAGAAUUUUGCCACAGCCAUGCAGGUCCUUGGAGGUCUGGAGAACAUGACUGUCAGACAAUUACCAGCUUGGAAACAUCUGCCAUCCAAGAUGUUUGAGAUCCUUGAGGAGCUACAAGCCGUGCAGGUGUUUUUGAAGAGUGACGACAUGUGUCUGAUGGGGGAAGAGCACACGAGGAGACGACCCACCCUGCCUUCAGCACACAUCCUGGCCAUGCAUGUCCAACAACUGGAGAUCGGAGGCUUCACGCUCACGAAUGGAGCUUUCAAGUGGACCAAGCUUAGGAGCAUUGCAAAGGUGGUGAGUCAGAUCCACGCCUUCCAGGAGGUCCUAUACACCUAUAACCCGGAUCAGGACCUGCAGGCUUACCUUUGCUGCCGCAUCACUCGGCUCGGCACCUCUGACGUACACCUCCUUGCCUGCGCCAAUGAUGCUAACUUGGAGCAGUCCACUGAGCGUCAAACAAAGAAGGUUCAGAACACUCUGAGAAGAGUUAAGGCCUCCCUCCAGUGAGUCUUGCCUUGACCGGUGACUAUGUUUACACUGCAGGCCAAAGUGAAUCAAAUCGGAUUUUUUCAAAAUCCGAUUUUUUCCAGCUGACUGUGCAUGAACUAAAAUGUUAUUUAUCAGACUCCAGUAUAAACCUGCACAGGCCCUGAUGUGGCCCCAAUAUGGCCUCGACAUCACUUGCAUGCGCAGUUCAAUAAAGUGAAAAAUUUUACCAGAUUCUGUAAAUGAAGAAGGAAGUUGCUACUACUGCCAUUACUACUUUGCAAAAUAAAAGAAGUCACACCUUAAAAA